GAAUUCCCUCGAUAAGUAAGUUUCGGAUAAGUGCUUCUGCGUUCAAGGGGUUUCCGAAAUUGACAGCGGCGGGACUAUACCAUCCUUCGGAAUAGUUACGGUCCUAGUUUCUCGUAGUUGCUGCUUGCGCGAUCACAAGAGCAUGAAUCCGAAGCUGCGAUUGACAGCGUCUUUGCUAGACUGACUGUUGCACGGCGAUCAUCUCUCGUCUAGUAAUUCUAGAGUCACUCUAACGAUAUUCUUCUACAAUUCAGCCAAAAGGAAUGGCGGCCUUCCUGGUGUCGUUUCCACGAGUCGGGGUUUCUAUGCCGAGCUUUAGAGACCUGCUUCAAGUCGCUGGACUUAUGACGGCGAUUUCUUGUUUAGCGUCCGGAACUUUGAUAGUGAACCAUCUUCGCUCUUACACAAAGCCAGAUGAGCAGAAGUGGAUAGUGGCGUGCAUCUUCAUGCCUCCUCUCUACUCUCUCACUGCGUAUGUUUCCCUCCAUGAACCACACUGGUGCUUGCUCUUACUCCUGGUCCGAGAGUGCUAUGAGUCAGCUGCGAUCUAUUCCUUCGCUAUGUUCCUCAUCUCUUGCCUGGGCGGUCAAGAGCGUACAAUCUGGAAGCUGUCAAGGAGCACCUACCAGCCAUUUCCCCGAUCUGCAAAACCCCCUCACAGUCGCCGCUCACAGCGCUCUUCCCGCAUCUCAAGCCAUCCAGCAGUUUCAGCAUCCCCUGCAAACCCUUCCGCACCUGACCGCACCGCGCAGGCUACUUUCACUCCAUCUCUCUUUUCAGCUUGGCGUCAAACCACCUGGUCUGACCACUCCAGGGCGGCUGGUUCUUCUCUUAAUCGCCAGGCGAGACCAAGGCGUUUUUUUCAAGAGUGUAUUCUUGAAGAGCCACUACUAGAAACUGAAGCCGAGGAGCCAUCAUCACCAUCCUCUCCUCCCAGCCGUCAGCCAGAAUGCCUCACUGGGGAGAGCUGCGCUGUGCAGAAUUGGUUGGGGGAUGCUGAAGUGAAGGGAGUGUACAGCCAGGAGGAAGGCCACGACGAUGGAAAAUGGAGCAGGUUUCUGAGGGGAAUGGCGGGGAGUGGCCGAUGGGUCCGGAGAGAUGAGGAAAGUCCAAGGGCUGGAGGGCAGCGGCGGGGAGGGGGGCCGGAACGAGGAGGAGAUCAUGGUCUUGAGCAUGGGGGUGGUAGUGGUGGCGGUAGCAGUGGUGGCAGUGGUGGCAGCAGCGGUGGUGGUGCUGGUGGGGGUGCUGGCGCUGGUGCUGGUGCUGGCGCUGGUGGCUGGGUCAGUGGUGGUGGUUGGGCUCGUCCUGGUGCCAGUGGGUCAACAGCAUCGUCGACAGCAGCAGCAACAUCAACAGCCCCAUACAGAAUGCCCUCUUCACCACCUUUUGAGAAGCCCUUUCUCAGGCAGGAGGCAUGCAGUGGCAGUGUCAGUCCCAGGCCGAAUACACCCUCUCCCAUCCGUGCACCACGCUCUCACUCCUCGUCUUAUGUAUCUUGGCCUGGGGGAAGGCUAGCAGGCGGAGCGAGUCAGCAACAGCAACCAGCGCACCGCGUGUACGGCGAACCAUGCGCACAGGAGGGUGGGGUUUAUUGCGGUUAUUCCACAUAUACCGAUCUUGAGUCAGGGCGAGGUGAAGGCGAGGGAGAGGGUGUGAGCGUUGGCGUGGGUGGGGGCUGCUGGGAGUCCGUGCGGCCAGAGAGCAUCGUGGGUGAGUCGGAUGCAGGGCUGGGAUCGUCUCGAUUUGAUUGGACAGGUGGCGCUGCUGCUGGUGAUGGGAGUGAAGGGGCAGAAGGAGGAGGAAGAGGAGGAGGAGGCGGACGAAGGGGAGCAGCAGCAGAAUUUGCAGCAGCAUCACAAUCACCAGCAGCAGCAGCAGCAGCAGCAGCAGCAGCAGCAGCAGCAGCGGCGGCGGCGGCAGCGUCAUCAGCAGCAGUUUACGUGCAUCCGGUGCCGUUGCGGUGGGUGCUGCCGGAAUGGGUGCACGGGCAGCAGCUGUUCCAGGAGUGCAAGUUCGGCAUAGUGCUGUAUAUGGUGAUAAAGCCAGCAUGCGCCCUGCUCCAGGUCGUGUUUGGCCCGUUUGGACUAUACAAGGAAGGGGAAUUCAGCCCAUACUCACUCUACCCGUACGCGACAGUGUUAAUCAACCUGAGUCAGAUGUACGCGCUGUACUGCAUAGUGGUCUUCUACCAUGCCAUAGGCCACUAUCUCGCGCACAUCCGCCCCCUCGGCAAGUUCCUCGCGAUCAAAGGCGUCAUCUUCGUCACCUACUGGCAGUCCGUCGUGAUAGCUGCAGCUAUCAUGCUCUUUGGGCUGGCGAAUGGGGGUGCGCGCCCGCUGCAUGGCCUGGAGUGGCAGGAUGCGGUGCAGGACUGGCUCAUCUGCGUUGAGAUGGCAGCAGCAGCAAUAGCCAACCACUGGACCUUCCCCGUGUCGCCCUACACGCGCUCCCGCCUCGCGCCCGCGCGCAUGCAGCGCCUGCCAGCUGGUGUCGUGGCAGUGCUCGCUGACAUGGCGGACCCGACCGCCCCGCUGGACCCCGAAGAGAUCCUUGCAAGCGAGGUGAUUGGCCGGACCCUGCUGAAGGGGAGCGCUGCUUCUGAUGCUGCUGAUGCCGCUGGUGCAGCUGGUAAUGCUCCCAGUGGCGGUGAUGGUGGUUAUGGUGGGGGAGAGAGGGGAAGGAGCUCAGCAGGAGGGGGGUUGGCUGACAGAGGGAGGAUUGGAAGAGAGGGAGGAAAGGGGGAGAGAGGGGAUGUUGAAGGGAGAGGAGCGAGUGGAGGAGGUGGGGAAAGGGGAGCAGGAGGGAGGGGAGUUGGAGGCACGCUGGCUGCCACAUCACGUAUUGUUGGUGCGCCGUUUCGAAGAGACAGAAGAGAGGACGCGUGGGAGUACGCGUCGGAUUAUCUGGGAAGGAGGAACAUGGAGAUCUCUGAAAGGAUUCAUGAUGUUUUGGUUGGCGGUGGCACGGAUGCCCUGCAGGACAUGCAGGCAGCAGUGCAGCGCGGCAUGCAGCCCAUCUCGGCUGCUGUGGAGCCACUAGCAGCAGCCGUGCAGCCCUUUUCUGCUGCCGUCACCACCGCGCACCACCAGGUCUUCUCCACAUGGCACCACCUGCAGGCGUCCCUCCCUGCCGCCCUCCUCCCUGCCCUCCCUGCUUCUACCCCCGCCGGCCGGAAUGUGUGGGGAGGAGGUGUGGAGGAGAGGAGGGGGCAGGAGCGGGGAAUGGGUGCUUGGGAGGUGGGGAGUGGAGGGAGUGGUGAGGGUGGGGCGUGUGGGAAAUUGUGGUCGCAAGACGAUAUGGGGCUUGUGUUUCGGAGCAGGGGAGGGGAGAGGGGGAGGAUGGUGGGGACUCAAGGGGUGGCGGCGAGGGGUGGUGGUGGUGGGAGAGUGGCACAUGGUGCAGGUAUGGAUCAUGAUGGAAGGGUGGUGAAUGCAGCACACGGGCAAUGGAAGUAUGGGACAGGAGAUGCGCCAAGAGAAGGCGGCAGGCAUGCUGUGAGUCAAAGAUACGAUGCGAAAUCAAGAGCAGUGCAGGCUGGGCGCGUUGACAAGCGUACCGGCCGGCUUAUUCCGCGUAGUCGCAGCAAUGAUAGUGUUAUUGGGGAGGCACUGCACUCUUUGUCGUAGUGCGGCACAACUAGUGCCGUGUCUUCUAUCGGUAUUGCCAUACAUAUCCUUAUGUAACUACUAAGAACCUGAUGCUACCGAGAGCUUCUCCAUAACGCCUUGUCCCUCAUCACCGGUGCGGGAAACAGCA